AUGCCCAACAUUAGGACAUUCCAGAGCCUCAGCCGCGACCAGACGCCACCACCCCGCAACGACCGUGAGGGCGCCGAGCUCUAUGCCGGUGGCGAGCGCAGCGGCCUUGCUGUGCAGAACCCCAACGACCCCAGCGCCGGAGGUCCGGCUGGCGGCGACAACCCUCGGAGCGUGGUCGAGAACAUUCUGCAGCAGGCGAUGAACUCUGGCCCUCCCUCCGGCCGUCCUAGCCGCUCGGCGACCCCUCACGACUCGUGGGGUGGCGUGGGACACACUCUGGGAUCGGAUGAGGUCGAGAGCGUGCCUGUGGGCGAGGCCCCAGCCGCCGCCGCCGAUGAAGGCGAAGUGCAGCAGCGCACGCUCACCUUCUGGCGCGAUGGCUUCAGCAUCGAGGACGGCGAGCUGUACAAGUACGAGGCUCCCGGUAACCGCGAGCUGUUGGCCGCCAUCCAGGCCGGCCGUGCGCCUGUCUCACUCUUCAACGUGGCCUACGACCAGCCCCUCGAGCUCGUCGUCCAGCAGCGUACGAAUGAAGACUACCGUGAGCCUCCCAAGGCCCCCGCCAAGCCAUUCAGCGGCGGCGGCAACCGUCUGGGCUCUGUUGUUCCCAGCGUCGCUGCUGCCAGCUCCUCGCUCGGCGGUUCGUCGGCCCCUGCUCCAGCUGCGGCUCCCGCGGCGUCGUCUUCGACUCCAGCUGGUAUCAACCUCGACGCGUCAAAGCCGGCCACCAGCGUUCAGAUCCGUCUCGGCGACGGCUCGCGCCUCGUCGCCCGCGUCAACCUCGACCACACUGUUGGCGACAUUCGCGCGUUUGUGACCGCGUCUCGCCCUGACCCUCGCCCAUUCGUGCUCCAGACCACCUUCCCUUCCCGCGAGCUCAAGGACGACGAGACUGUUGACGGUGCCAAGCUCGCCAACGCCGUCGUCGUUCAGCGCUACACGUGA